AUGGCAGAUUACUCGCUCGCAGCGGUUCUAGGCGCCGUCCAGGCUCUCUAUAGCAUGGAAGGCGCUGCACGCCAGCAAGCAGCCAAUGAGUUUCUACACACAUUUGCAGCUUCUGAUGCUGCGUGGGGUAUAGGAAUACAGCUUCUGCUGGACGAGACGCUCGCACUGCCUUUGGAAGCGCUCUUUUUUGCAGCCAAUAUGCUGCAUGCAAAAGUACGCAAGGAGUGGGUGCAGCUGCCUGCAGAACAUAAGACAGCUAUGACUGAGUUGCUGGAAAAAUUGAUGCAGGUGCUGCAAGCUGGCACGAGAUUGGAUCUCGGGCACGGACCGCUCGUGAGCAAGCUGUGUGCGGUCUACGCAGUGGUGAUGAUCUCGUCGCCCGAUGAGUGUAGAGCUAUGCUGUCACACUUUUUGACUACGUGUUUGACAACGGCCGAUACAGAAAAAGCGGCCUUUUUGCUAGUCUUUGCACGCUGCGUGUGUGAAGAAAUGGAAAACGCGGAGUUACCGUUUGCAGCGAAGGAUGCAAUGGAAAUGCAUUUAGCAACUCUGAGUGAAGACGUGGUGACGUUGAUUGGAAAAAUUGUUUGCACGCGUGAAGACCAUGACGCACGUGUGGCUUCUUUGCAUGGCGAGGCUUUGGCGUGUUUGAAUGUCUGGAUUAGACGUGCAGGGCUAUCGCUAGCGUCGUUGUACGCCAAGGACGAAGCUGUAGUGCUGGCGCUGUUAAAUGCACUGCAGACCAAAUCUAGACACUUGCGGGCAAGUUCCGCGAUACUCACAAAGCUUAUCACGGUAUCAUCGUACCCGACUCCAGCCAGCUUGGAACGAACGCUGCAGGUAGUGGCACAAGGGCUGCUUCAGACACGUGCUGCAUGCGAAAGCGCUAUGGUCGCGGAAGAAGAGGAAGUUAGUCAUGCUCUUACAGACGUCAUAUCAACGUUUUGCGAAACGUUUGUGGAUUGGAUACUGGAAGGCAAGUAUCCUCAGGAAGCUACUGCUCUGGGUGAGCUCAUGCUGUACCUUGGGUCCCAUCCCCGCCGACAAAUCGCGUCGCUUACUCUGGAGUUUUGGAUGGUUGUCCAGGACGAUCCUGUUUCCUCUCGUUUACAGUUUUAUCAGCGGGGUGCCUUUGUGCACCUUUUUGAGGUUCUACUCAAGCAGUGCUCGUUUCCAGCAGGAAAUGUUGAGGACAUGGAUGAACUUGAGAUUGACGACCUAAACGCCUUCCGGUGCGACAUUCACGGUGCCCCUGAUGCUUUCAUAGCCGUAUUUUCGUUGUUAAAGGAGCAAUACCUUGCGCGUCUACUUCGUAUUCUUACACUGGCAGCACCCAGUGAAUGGCAAAGUAUCGAAGUCGCUCUAUUUGCUGUCUCUGCAGUUGCGGAUGAAAUAAAAAAAAUGUCAACGAAGGCUUGUGCCGACACUCCUCUACGUGUUGAAUUGGAAAGGAUGAUGUCGCAAUUAAUACGAGCAAUUCUGGACUCAACGAUCAAUACCCACCCUCUGGUAAUCGCCAUUGCCUCACGAUUGCUGGGACAGUUUGCGGCCUGGAUCAAUGAUAGGGCUCUAAGAGCUCACAUGUUCGAGACGAUCGGAGCAGUUCUUCAGUAUUUAUGUGGCGCGCUCGGGCUUGUACCAAGUCGUGCAAACGCUGCUAAAAGUUUUAUGCAAGUAUCAACGUGCUGCAUGAUUUGUCUUACUGAGAUGCCGCCGAGCUUGCUUAUGGCUGGUGUGCAGCAUUUCGGUGGAACUUCCGGUCAAGACCUCAUGCCAAAAGAAGAACGGUUAUUGGUUGUUGAGGGGCUCGUACGUGCCGCUGCUGUUUCACGCCACUGCUCCGUGAUAUUGCAGACGAUAUUAGACGAUUCGCUUACGCGUUUAGACCAAGCGGUUAUAGCAAAGGGGACUGAUGGUGUACCUUUGUACAUUAUAGUGUGCAACGAGCUUCAAGUACUCGGCAAGCUGAUGCGAUUCCUUGAUGCACCUGACGAUGUAGCUGGAGGCAAAGCGGUGACGGCAUGGGCUGCUCAGCAAAUUUAUCCUCACUUGGAACCCAUUGUACAACAGCUUGACGCAGACGAGACAGUAAUGACGGCUCUGUUCGAACUGUAUGGAUGGUGUCUGCAGAGUUUGCGGGAGCAAAUGGCACCACAACUUGGCGGAAUCGCUACGUUAAUUGUGAGAGUGUUUGAGAAGCUGCAUUGCAUGGCUCCACUUGAGUGUGCAGCAGCCGCCAUUGAUGUGUUUGGAAAGGAGGCAAACGCAGAAGUAACUGACAGUUUUCGAGGACUUUUGGGUGCACUGAGUCGAUCAGCUUUUCAAUUUUUCACGGCACAUUCGCUGGCUGAAAGACCGAAGGUGCUGCAGUCAUUUUUUGAGCUGGGCUACCGCUUUCUGCUGUUCUGCCCGGCUGCCGUUCUUACUGCAGCGGAAUUCCCCGUGCUAAUCGAGCUUGGUCUGGCUUGCCUAGGCAAUCAAGAUCGCGCGUCGACAAAUGCGGUUCUCGUGUUUCUCACGUUCUUGCUCAACGAGAAUACGACAAAAUUGGCACCGUUUACAGCAGUGAUCAACGCGCGUGUACUGGAUGCUAGCCAAACGGAAAAGUGGCUCGAUGGUCUUAUUGGUGCACUAGCGUCAACGAGCCCAAGCACUCUUUAUGAGUCGAUGUCCAAGCUACUGUACGCACUGCUGACUAGCUUCACUGGUAAUGAACACGUGCGUGCAACGCUGGUACAGUCUUUGACCCGCGAUGCACUGGGCGUGGGAGCGCUCCGACCAGAAGACCGUCAACAGGUGCUACACUUGUGGCUGUCGCUCACUGCUCAGCCUUCACGCAACUCCGAGCGGCGCUUUCGUGGUUUAUGCUCCGACUUUGCUAAGGUUUGCCGCAAGGAGUUAACGGUAGACGCGCUUUACUCUAUCGAGAUGCCAAAGUGA